CAUCCAGUCGCCUAAUCGUUCAAGUUUCCUCACGGUAUUUUCUCUAACUGUAAGAGCAUUGUAGCAAGGUUGUUAUCAUAGAUAUAUAUAAAAUGUAUAGAUACUCGUUUGUUUUUCUUCUACUAAGUAAUUUAUUAAUCUGUCGUUAAGUUGUCGAACGAAUCUUGUUAAGUAUGUGCGUGCAUCUAUACCUCAAUAUUUAUCACCUUACUAUCCUUGACAGCCAACCGUCUUUUUCAUUGCACAAUUUCCAUAUUAAAUUAUAGUAAAUGUCUACUUACUUAAUUUAAAAGAUUGGUUUGAGGGUGUGUGCGUCGGAAAUAGAUUUUCGGUGCAUUAGUCUUGAGUUUGGGUUGGUAGAUAUCGUAAUGAAUUUGUAUUUCAAAGCGCAUAAUAAGGAAAAAAAUCAUACCUCUUAACCACCUUAACAAAAAGUGGUCAUUAUGUUCGGGUUUCAGCACAUCCUUUACGCUUCUCCUAAACUGAAACAAUUCAAAGAAAAUAAAUGAUAUAUAAAAAAAGAACUGUGGGGAAAAGGUGACUUGAGCCUAAAUGCUUUGGUAUUUGAAUUUGUUUGCUGCAGUAACGACAAUUAAAAGCUCGUCUUGUUAACUUUUUGCUUAGUUGCUACGCAACAUUAUUGACAAAACCAGACUAAUCAAUCGUUGCUUGAAAAAUCAUCUUUCGACGAAUAUUUUUUUGUAAACGCAAGUUAUUUUGAAGAGUUUCUAUAUUAUAUAAAUCAUGGGGGAAGUGGAUAAUAUAUCGACUUUCAGCGUAGAUGGAGGACAGGAUACUGUCGGUCUACCGAGGAUCGUGAUGGUCACCGAGGGUUCAGAUACCUCGGCGUCUUCGGCCUCGUCCACAUCUGCGAGCGAAGACAAUUGGGCUGACCUCAUCAAAUCUUCAGAAAUACCACCUGAAUAUUGGCACAUACAGAAACUCGUAAAGUAUAUGAAAGCCGGCAAUCAAACGGCCACUAUGGUGGCUUUGUCUUGUUUGAAAGAUCACGAUCUGACUAUAGAAGUCAAUCAAAGAGCGAUACAAGAAAUAGGAGGUUUAGAAUUACUUGUCAACUUACUAGAGACUCGAGAUUUGUGCUGUAUUUUGGGAGGACUAGCUGUUCUCAAAGAUAUCACACCGAAUAUUGAAAUACGGAAGAAAGUUACGGACCUGGGCGCUAUUCCUUUACUCGUUGGGUUAUUGUCAGAUCCUGCUAGAGAUGUACAAAUACUUGCAGCAGAAACUAUUGCUAAUUUAGGCAGAAUUCGCAAAAGUAGAAAAUUUUGCAGAAAGUUCGGUGGAAUACCUAAAUUAAUUGACUUAUUAGAUGUAAAAGAAAGGUACUUAGUUUCACCGCGCGAAGAGUUGAAUUUAGAUGAACAACAGUAUUUGGACAUUGCUCGAGCUGGCGCUAAAGCAUUGUGGUCGAUGUCGGCUUCGCAAAGGAAUCGGGAGGCCAUGAGGAAGUAUGGUAUGAUACCGCUGAUCGCAAGAUUGCUGAAAACCAUACACCUGGACGUAGCAGUGCCAGCCGUUGGCCUAUUACAAAUGUGUGCCAAUGAAACCUCUUUCCAGUUGGCAAUACAAACAGAAAAAAUGGUUGGUGACUUGAUAAAACAUUUGAGCAAUGACGACAAAGAUUUAAAGACCUAUUGUAGCUUAGCAAUCUAUAAGUGUGCAAGUGAUCCAAUAACGAGAGACAUGAUACGUGAAGCAGGCGGCUUGGAACUAUUGGUAGAAGCUGCACAAGAUUCCAGCAAUAGACCAAAUAAGGCACUAAUGGCAGCGGUAACUGGAGCGUUGUGGAAAUGUGCUAACAGCGACGCUAGUGUCAAGAAAUUAGAUAAUCUUGGCGCAGUCCCGAUAUUAGUUCGACUGCUUGAUGAUGAGAAUGAUGGAGUCUUGACUAAUGUCGCAGGAGCAUUAGCGGAAUGUGCAAAAUUUCCACCUAAUCGAGAUAAAAUUAGAAGCACUGGUGGAAUUCCAAUGUUAAUUCACCACCUCAACAACACGUAUAAACCGCUUCUUGAAAAUGUACCUUUGGUGUUAAUGGAGUGUGCCAAAGAACAAAACUGUAUGUACGAAAUCGAAGAGCUCGAUGGAGUAAGACUGAUUUGGUCAUUGUUGAAGAAUGAUUCGAAAAAAGUGCAGACCAACGCUGCAUUGGCUUUAAGUCCGUGUGUGCAAAAUGCUACAGAUUCCGGAGAAAUGGUCAGAUCGUUUGUGGGUGCCCUAGAUCUGACUGUAGAUUUAUUGGAUUCUGAUGACCAUAAUGUUUUAUCUGCUGUGUGCGCAGCAAUAGCUACUAUUGCUAAAGAUCAUGAGAAUUUAGCUGUCAUUUCUGAUCAUGGAGUGGUAGCUAAACUUUCCAAACUAGUGAGCACAACGGAUGACCAUUUGAGGGCCAAUCUUGGCGUCGCUAUAGCUUAUUGUUGCGAUUGGGCCCAAAACCGGCAGGAGUUCGGGAGACGUGGAGCCAUCACUCCUCUGGUCAACUACAUGACGUCACGGGACCCCAACGUGCACAGAGCAACAGCGCUGGCACUGUACCAUUUGUCGUUUUAUUCGAUCAACUGUGUCACGAUGCAUGCUGCUGGAGUGGUCCAAUUCCUUCUGGAGACCAUAGGAUCCAAGGACCCGGUACUGCAGGAGGCUUCCGCGGGCUGUCUGUGCAACAUACGCAAGUUGGCUCUCGCCACGGAGAAGAUCAAAUUGAAACAAUAAUUAC